CAUCGGCACAGACGAUCUGAGCAAACUUCCUGCAUGGAUAAAGCCAUUUAACCGUAGUCGGCAGAUUGGCGAUACUAUCUCCUUCAAUGAUCCGUAUGAUUAUGGCUAGGUGGAGGUAGCAAGUAGGUUAUUACUCGUGCGUUGUUUCUAAUUCUAACCUCGUGAUUUUUUACUUUGUGACUUUCUUAGUGAGGCUUAGGUUGACAUUGACUCCAUCAUUAUUAUGGCUAGGUAUCACGACCGUGGCCGUGCAUCCGCCCUCUCCUCUUGAGACUUACUCGAUAGACGGCCUUUCUGUCUUUUUCCAUCUCUCUCUGGCAUUCACCUUUUCGAGUUGGGUCUGCUCUUCUAGUUAUAAAUUCUUAUCGUGAUCUGCUUCUAUGUAUCCUUGGUCCAUCUUUAAAUCUUUAAUCCUCUUCGUCAAAGCGGCUGUUCGGGACAGUGAGGAACAUGGUGGAGAGGGAUGAUUCGCAGCUCCUCGGACACAAGCGACAAAAAUACACGGUAGUUAAGGCCAAUUACAACGUACUAGCUGCCUACGUACAUAUGCCUUAAGUAAUGCGUGUACUGUUAACUUGUACUAGCUACGUACACACUAAGGCCUAUUACUGUUAACUUCGUACCUAGCCUACACUUGUUAACUUCGUACCUAGCCUACACUUGUUAACUUCGUACUACACUUGUUAACUUCGUACCUAGCCUACACUUGUUAACUUCGUGUUACGCACCGCUAGCGGGGGCAGUAAACUUGUUCAAGAACUCUUCAUUGCAAUUCGUUGCGCCUUAGGUGGUGGUGGUGGUUGUGUGUGAUCACCAGAUCGUUUUAAAGUAGCUUGCACUUCUCAUCAAUCUUGUACAUGAGAAUGGUUAAGAGAUAAGCAGUACUAUGAGUACAUGCCCAGAAAGCGGGCCCAUCAAGGGCCCGCUGCGCUGGGCAUAGGUUAACAACUAGACAGGUUGACUACUAAGAGACAGAAAGACACACGAAAAAAGUCGCCAAGUCUGCUCGCCAAGGCUGGGAAGCUGGCCCCCACUGUGGCGAGGCUAGUGAGGAGGCUACCGCUAUGGCUACUGCCUUGGCCAACUUGCUUGCUAGGGGCAAGCCAAUGGGUGCCAAGGCUGGCCCGCUGAGCGUCAUGGAGUCCAUGGGAAGGCCACUCUUGGACAUAUGUAGGCACAGAGGUUGGGCCCUUUUGAGUGUGAUCAUGUCCAGGAGAAUCCUAAAGCAUAGCAUACCCAUGGGAUGGCACUGACACUGGCGAGCGUCAUGGACGAGGCCCAUGAGAAAGCCACGCUUGGGCAUCUCUAUGCGCCCGCAGAGCCAGAAGCUGGGCCCCAACCUUCAGGCGCGGGGGUGUGUCUAUAAGCUUGGCUGUUUCAUGGACAUGACGCAAGACGCCCACCACGGUCCGCGCCUCAGACAUGCAAUGGCCCACCGUUAUCACUCUCGAGCACAGGCAUCGACGUCCUCAGCCUUCAGCCUUCACCGACGGAGAUGCAUGCGCCUGGCCUUCUCAUGGACAUGAUGACGCCCGCCAGGGUCCGCCCUCAUCUACUUCCUCACAGACAUCGACACCCUCAACGGCUUCGACUUUCACAGGCAAAGCUGUAUACCUUUGGCCCUCUCAUGGAUAUGAUGACGCUCACCAGGGUCCACCCUUCAGACACGCAAGUGCUCAAGGCUAUCACUCUCACAGACAUCGACACCCCCAACGGCUUCGACUUUCAAGCGCAGAGAUGUAUGCCCUUGGCUUUCUCAUGGGUAUGAUGAUGCUCACCAAAGUCCACCCUUCAGAACUGCAAGCGCCCACGGCUAUCAGUCUCACAGACAUCGACAUCCUCAACGGCUUCGACACUCAAGCGCAAAGACGUAUAUCUUUGGCCUUUUCAUGGAUGUGAUGACGCUCACCAGGGUCCACCCUUCAGGGAUGCAAGUGCUCACGGCUAUCAUUCUCACAGACAUCGACAUCCUCGACGGCUUCGACUUUCACACACAGAGACGCACAUCUUUGGCCUUCUCAUGGAAAUGAUGAUGCCCACCAGGGUCCACCCUUCAGACAUGCAAGUCCUCACGGCUAUCAUUCUCUUUCUCACAGACAUCGACAUCCUCAACGGCUUCGACUUUCAAGCACAGAGAUGCAUACCUUUGGCCUUCUCAUGGAUAUGAUGACGCUCACCAGGGUCCACCCUUCAGACAUGCAAGCCCUCACGGCUAUCAUUCUGACAGACAUCGACAUCCUCAGCGUCGGCUUCGACUUUCACACACACCGACGCACGUCUUUGGCCCUCUCGUUGAUAUGAUGACGCCCACCAAGGUCCACCCUUCAGACAUGCAAGUCCUCACAGCUAUCAUUCUCACAGACAUCGACAUCCCCAACGGCUUCGACUUUCAUACACAGAGAUGUAUCUCUUUGGCCUUCUCAUGGAUAUGAUGAUGCUCACCAGGGUCAACCCUUCAGACAUGCAAGUCCUCACGGCUAUCAUUCUCACAGACAUCGAGUCAACAUCCUCAACGGCUUCGACCUUCACGCGCAAAGUUGCAAACCUUUGGCCUUCUCAUGGAUGUGAUGAUGCUCACCAGGGUCCACCCUUCAGACACGCAAGUGCUCACGGCUAUCAUUCUCACAGCCAUCGACAUCCCCAACGGCUGCGACUUUGAGGCGCAUCUGUGGCCUUCUCGCGAAUCAAUAUGAUCACGCUCGUCAGCCUCUACCCUUUCAAGUGCUCACCCUCUCCCUUACAAUUCUCCCGCUUUUGUGCUGGUUAGAAGUAGACUGGUUAACCAUCUCCAAGGGCUGCUGCGCGCUCCUGUGCCGUGGUCGAUUGCUGUGCGCGGAAGGUAGUCGCGGAAGGGGAGCGAGCUAACUUUUUUCCAAAAACUUCAGGGAGGUCGUUCAGUUUUCUCUGUAUUUGAAUGACCUCCCUGAAGUUUUUGAAAAAAAGUAAAGGCGCUGGGCGAUAUAUGACAAGGGUAGGUAGCGGCUGGCAGCUCGUUGGGGCGAUUCGCUAGGGGUGGGCGCGUAGUGUCUUGCUGCGGAUGUGGCUGGUGUACGUGAGUAGCCUACAAACUAACAGCCGCGAACACGUUAGCACGUUCUUGACACCUUUGAACUCGUAGUACUAGCAAGGGCCUUAAGGAGCCGCUGUUAUUAGCCUAAGUUUAUAACAGCUUGUCCUUAAGGGAGCUCCUUAAGGAAAUUUUUUCCCUCUUAAGGAAAGUUAUAAUAACUUUUUAUAGUAAAAAUUCUUUAAGGAAACUGAUUUCCUUAAGGAAGCUCCUUAAGGGAGCUCCUUAAGAGAUUUCUGGCAAUUGCUAAUACUAUAAAUACUAAUAUCUUCCUCGUUGAUGUGAAGAAUGUGGAGGUUCGUGCCAUCUUUAACGUACACUUGCUGUUUCGCGAGCAGUUGCCUAGUCGUUCAGGUUUGCAGACGAUACCUGGGGUGGAGGACGAACGGGACAAUAUUCAGAUAUACAACCGCCCUGUACACUUCCGGUUUAUGCGAAGAUCAUGAUGUACAUAACUAAGUACUAAGCCACUAGCUGAGCGCUUGAAGACUAUAAGUUAGACUUAGAAGCUUCUAGUUCUCUAAGAGAACAUCUAUGUAAUGCUACAGCUCCUUACUAGGAGGUAAUCGAGCAAGGAUUGCGACAUGGAGUGCUCGCAUGAAAGUACAUGAUGACAGAAUGCUCAACAUAAGUAGAUGAUAUUCGGUGAUGACAGAAUCAUUUUCAAGCCUUCUACAAGUAGAAAGGUCUACUCAGUAUGCUGAAUUCAAUUUAGAACAAUAGGGUCUCUGCAGAUGCAGUUGUAGAGUUCUUGCAGUUCUUGCAAGAGCUGAAAAAUUGUGGGCUUUGCUAAUGGGUACUAGACUCCUACUCCUACUACUACGCAUCUCCCCCGGCCUCUUGCAAGAAUGGUCUCGUCUAAUGUCCUCAAUACUGGCGAUUCGGUGGUGCUCACACAUGAGGUUCCUAGUAUUAUUGAGGGUCCAUCAGACUAUGCCAAGAUGAUCACAAUCGAGAAGAAACUUCCCGGCGUUU